AUGGUCACUCGCAAUGAGGGCCAAGAUAACUCGGCUAACGAGGAGAGGUUUCAAUUCGUGUCAGUUCCGGCGCCGGAUCAACGGCGAGAUUCGAAAUGCCGGCGACAGGCCCGCUCGCAUGCAGUCAAGCAAGGAUUAAUGAGGAAGCGAAAGAGCCAGCAGGACUCGCAACAGAAUUUCCACACAAUGCGCUGCGUAUCUACGGACACUGACGCAUUUGACCCAUUCGAGUCCUUGGCCGUUGAUUCAUCAAGGUUGCGGGUGUUGCUAGAUGACUAUAGAGGAAGACAAGCCCCUGAGCCCGUGUUUAGCGUUUCGAAACCGCUUGCUUUUCAGAGUUUUCAAGCAGUAUUCCGUGAGGGGCUGGUCGACCCAACGCUUGUCAAUGCUGUGAUGCUAGCCUUGGUCUCCGCAGUGACUGGCAGCAAGAUGGACAAGGAACGGCUUGGGUACCAGCAGCACGCGAUUGUUGGUAUUCGCAAGCGAAUGGAUCGCGUGGAAGAAGCCACUUCUGAAACCACGAUUGGAGCAAUUCUUCUACUUGCAGGGAUCGAGGCCCGCAUGGGGAGAAGAGGUCAGGUUCAAUUGCACAUGGGUGCUGUGCAGCAGCUGCUCACUAUUUGCAAAGAGCGAGGCAUAUACCUCACCGCGGGUAUAAAGCGGGCGAUAUUCUGGCAAGAUUUGAAUGCUUCCAUUUUGGCAGGGUCGCCGCGGCUCUUUUCGCACACAACUUUUGCUGAGCUACAAUGGACCCGCGAUACAUUUUCUCCAAGCUUUUAUCGCGCACCGCCUGGAUUCGCUAAACGACGAGGCGUUCUUGGCGAUGAAUUCAUCGAAAUUCUGGAAGACUUGCACGCCUUGCAGUGCAUCCGCAACAUUCCCGGCGCAAAGAGAGGGGAUCCGCUGAUGAUGGCGUACAUCAACAACCACACGGCGUCGAUCCAGAGCAGAUUAGGACUCUUGAGAGCAGAGGGUGUAGUGGCGCGAAGCUGUCGUUUCGCGGCGUACAUAUGCUCUGUCAUGUUGUGUUGCACAGUGUGGUGCGGGUUAUUCAUCCCUAGCCACAUUUCGGAACAGCUAUUCCGGGAGCUCAAUCGGACUCGAGAUGAAGAGAUCUGGGAAGAGGACUUGGAUUUGAUGUUAUGGCUGGCAUGUAUUGGUGGCGCAUUUGCACCCGAGGGGGGAGUCGGCGACGGAUAUGUCAAGCUCUUGGCCGAAAUGACGGAAAGGAUUUUUGUUAUUUCUCCCAGAAGCUGGCAGGGUGUUGAAUAUGUUUUGGAACAAUUUAUUUGGUCCGAGUCGGCAUUCCUGGUGCCAGUACAGACAUUGUGGGAGAGAGUCGGCCAUACGUGA